GUCAGUCCCUCUCUGCGUGUGGGGAUCGAGCCUUCACUUUUUCCAGCACCUUUCAUGACAGACAAAUGUCAUCCAAGGAAACGUGAGCUUUCUCAUCUUCCUUUGCAGUCCAGGAAACUUUCUACAUGCCGGUUGAUCGGCGCAUCCUUUCAGGACAUCAGCUCAGCCACAGCAAACUUGCGUUUCUCGGGGAUUACUUCAUCCAAAUAGGUAUUUAACAGCCUGUGGGUCGGGGGGAUGGAGUUUAAUCUGCUGGCGGACGCCGAGGCCCGCAGUCCCGCACUGUCUCUGUCCGACGCCGGCACUCCGCAACACGACGCGGCGUGUAAAGGCCAGGACAACAGCGACACAGAGAAGUCCCAUCAGAAUCAGACAGAUGAAUCAAACCCUGAGGAUGGCUCUUUAAAGAAAAAGCAGCGCAGACAGAGGACACAUUUCACCAGUCAGCAACUACAGGAACUGGAGGCCACCUUCCAAAGAAACCGCUACCCAGACAUGAGCACAAGAGAGGAGAUUGCCGUAUGGACAAAUCUCACAGAAGCACGAGUGAGGGUAUGGUUUAAAAAUCGCCGUGCCAAAUGGAGGAAGAGAGAAAGAAACCAGCAGGCUGAGCUGUGUAAAAAUGGCUUUGGUGCCCAGUUUAAUGGACUCAUGCAGCCAUAUGAUGAUAUGUACUCUGGCUAUUCGUACAACAACUGGGCCACAAAAAGCUUGACUAGCAGCCCCCUAUCAGCUAAAAGCUUUCCCUUCUUUAACUCUAUGAAUGUGAGCCCUUUGUCUUCACAGCCUAUGUUCUCCCCACCCAACUCCAUCCCCUCCAUGAACAUGGCCUCCUCAAUGGUGCCCUCAGCAGUGACAGGGGUGCCAGGAUCAGGCCUGAAUAACCUGAGCAACUUGAACAAUCUGAACAACCCUACGCUCAACACUGUGGCAGUGUCAGCGGCCACAUGCCCCUAUGCCACCACGGCUAGCCCCUACAUGUACAGAGACACUUGUAACUCCAGCCUGGCCAGUCUCCGGCUCAAAGCCAAACAACACACCAACUUUGCAUACCCGGCUGUGCAAAACCCGGUAUCUAACUUAAGCCCAUGCCAGUAUGCAGUAGAUCGGCCUGUAUGAAUUUCUUCUGCUCACAUGAGAAAAUCCCCAUCCUGUACUUAAACCCACUACUGAUUUAAUCUACUAUUUCAUUCUAAGGUAUCCACCAGCGAUAUGGACUGGCUACAAAUACACAGCUUUUGAAAAUGACUGAGACCAUAGGAAUUAUUUGUGAGGAAAUAAAAGAAAAUUGAACUCAAAACGGACCAUGAAACAAAGGACUCGAUAAUGAUACUUGGCCUUUGAACUGACCAAGUGGACCUCUAAACUUUUCUCUCCAGCAUGACUAGAGUGAAUUACAAAAAAAGUGGAUGAGAUGCUUUUUACUGCUUUGGUAAAGAAGACUUGCAAUGUCCAAAACACAUUCGCCACAAGCCCACAAUGAGGCACGUGUCUGCAAUACAGGCAAAAGGAUGUACAUAAUGGGUUUCUGUUUUGUAUGUGACAAAAAUAUCUAUGAAAUGUAGUAUUUUAAAGACUGACUUAAGCAUGUUCCUCAAGAGCAGAACCUGGAUAAAUGUGGAUUUUAAAGGAAUUUUAACCUUUGUUGUGAAUUCCGUUCACCUAGCGUAAGAGGUAUUGUCAAAGGUUGCUGUCCAACAGAAAACAUAGCAAUGAGUAGUUUGAAAGAAAGACAAAUAGGAUCAACAGUAAAAAUACGUUCCAGCUUUGCUGAAACAUAGAACAUUCAAAGGUUUUUUUUUUUAAAUCAGUAACUAAAAAGCCAUUGAAUAUAAUUUUGUGUGGUGUUCUCAAAAGGGAGUUUAUGACUGUAAAAUAAUGUAUGUAAGAGUGCAGUUGUUGAAAAAAAAACUUUUUUUGGUGUAGCCUGAU